AUGACGAGGGUUUAUGUUGGGAAUUUAGACCCGCGAGUCUCCGAAAGGGAACUGGAAGAUGAAUUCAGGAUCUUCGGUGUUCUUCGCAGUGUCUGGGUAGCUCGUAGGCCUCCAGGCUACGCAUUCCUCGAGUUCGAUGACGAGAGAGAUGCUUUGGAUGCAAUCAGGGCAUUGGAUGGAAAGAACGGGUGGCGUGUGGAGCUUUCUCACAAAGAUAAAGGAGGUCGUGGAGGCGGUGGCCGUCGUGGCGGUAUUGAGGAUUCGAAGUGCUAUGAAUGCGGCGAGCCUGGACAUUUUGCUCGGGAGUGUCGCCGUGGUGGUCGUGGAGGAGGCUAUGGGAGGCGUAGAAGCCCUAGCCCUCGCCGUCGUAGGAGUCCGGAUUAUGGUCAUUCUCGAAGGAGUAUCAGUCCUCGUGGAAGAAGAUCUCCUCCUCCUCCAAGGCGCCGCAGUGUAACUCCACCUCCCCGUGGGCGGAGCUACAGCAGAUCCCCACCACCGUAUCGUGGUUCACGCCGUGAUGAUCCUCGCCGCAGAGACUCUCCCUACGGCCGACGUUCACCAUAUGCCAAUGGGGUGUGA